UUUGGAAAGGGUAUCUCCCUCACGUUCCACCUUCUUGCGCGAGCUCUGACUAGACUAGAGAACUGUCAUUGGUCGACUGCUUUCUCAGUGUUGCCUGAUGUACGAUACUUAUCCUCCAAAUACGAUAAUCUUGAGCCUUUGGUUUGAUACUUUGCCAUUCCCAAUCUGGCAACACUGAGCACCUUGCCGCCUCGCUAGUUGCAUUGUUUAGAACAGCACAUGACAUGGAUGUGAACAAUGUCACAACUUCCAGGGGGCGGGGUCAUCUGCAUGUGAAAAAUGUUAAAACUGCUACACACUACUCUGCCCCCUCCCCCGCUACGAAGUGUCCUCUUUUUCACAAACUCAAAUCUGUCCACCCUAGAUAAAUGCAUUUGUUUAUUGUUGAUAAAGGCAUUUGGUACAUCACAUAAUGCGUUCUGUCUAUUAAAUAAAGUCUGUUACACAUGGCGUCUCACUCUAAAUUUCGUUGUAUGCAAAUACAAUGACAAUAAAGGCUUUUCUAUUUCUAUGUGCACCUCGCUAGCACACCUGCCUCCAAUGUCCAAGGUUGCGAGUGUGAGUCCGGUGCAGGACUGAGCUGUCACGCAACACAGGUUCCGCAACCUCUCUAGUUGAGGCUCAGCGCUGCUCCUCCAACCAAUACAUGUUUGCCAACACAGUUUGAACCAUUAGGGAUUAUACAUGUUCAGCCUGAUGAUUUACUGUUUAUAAAAUUUGAAAUAGUAUUACCUCAGGAAUUUAUGUCACUCGAUUUCUCCCAUUGCUAAGAAGGCCGUUUCCUGGUGAGAAGGCGCAGGAGCAAUGGCUAAUAAUACAGUGUAAUCUUGUCAAAGGUGCUUAUGUUCCAGAGACCUGUGACUGUAUAUGGAUUAUAUUGUUGAAACCAUAUUUACCAGGUUGUUAUCAGUGUCAUGGCCACCCAUUCCUCUCUAUUCGAGUAGGCCAUUCUUCCCUAUUCGAGUAGGCCAUUCUUCCCUAUUCGGGUAGGCUAUUCUUCCCUAUUCCUAGCGCAGUUUAAAAAGGUGAGUUAUUCAGGAUUAAUUGCUUACAAUGUUUCAUUAUGCCUAUACACCCACAGGCAUAUAUUAAAGGAACACUAGGCAACAAUUUGACACUUUUUGAGGUAUGGUUUUAUAGGCAACUAGUUUUGGUAUAAUACAGUAUGUUUGCAAUGAGUUUGUAUUACAAUGAUGCGUGCAAUGUUGCAUGUUGUGUUUGAGACGGUUAAAGCAAGUGAGUAAAUUCAAAUGUUAACAUGGUACAUUUUAAUUGCCUCUUAAAAUUGGAAACUGGAAUGAUGCACAAACUCUGCUUUGGUCUGGCUGGUUAUUUUCUGUCUUCACUAAUUCAUGCUAACUGAUGCCUUUUUUCAUUCAGAUGGCAGACUUUCGUAAACUGGAAAACAUCCUCUCCCACCUACUCUUUCUAGGUCAGAGGCUUUCCUAUGUGGUUACGGAUAUUUUCCCUUUUACACAGACCUACGUUUUGUGCUACACGCCUUUUAACACUGUCUUUGAGUAUCUCUCAGCAUUCAUUCAACAAAGGUCAAAUGUUACACAAUGAGCCAGAGAGCACCCCACUCUCCCAGACAGACAGUGGGCAGGGUUCCCCUGCUGGUAAUCCGUCAGACCCUCGGACACUUCCAGAAGGGGGAACUCCUCCAGUAACGAAAUCUCUUCACAUGGACCUGAAGACUGCCUAAAAAGAGGAACCUGCCCGAGCAACCUUAGCCCCCUCCUGUGCACGUCCCUGCGUGCGUGUGUGUGUCUGUGUGUGUGUCUGUGUGUGUGUGUGUGCGUGUGUAUGUGUGCGUGCGUGUGUGUUUGAACAAGCCUGGAUUCAAAUCAAUCUAUAUUUAUACUUUUUUGUCAAAUGUUUUGAAAGUUGCUAUGGACAAAAGGGGUUGCCAAGUGCUUUAAACUUAUGAAGUCUUCAUAUUACUUAAAGCAGACCGCUGAGGGUUUGCAUCAUUAAUAGCCCAGUGAAGUAUCAGUCAUGGGGAAAGAAGCAAUACGGAAAAUACCACUGUUUUUUGUUGAUACUGUUGUUGUACAAGUUGUGAAAUAUACAUUUGUGUUUUUCGCAGGAUUGUCUGCGUCUGAGACUAUAAACCCUCUUUCUGCACUUGCAGAGCAGACCACUGUUGGCAUGUAUCACCUGACAGAUAAACUGAUAGGCAUGUCCAUUCAUCUGCUGUCCACAGGUCUUCUUGCUCUGCUAUUGUGCCUUUCCACCAAGGGUUUCCCAAGACAAGUCAAUGGCAUUGAGUUCUACAGCGACCUAGAGAGGUCGCACCUCCUGCUGAAGGAAAGCAACUCUCAGACCAGUUUUGACUCCAAGGCCAAUGCUCAAGCUGAUAAUGGCCUGUUUGAAGAGGAUCCCGAAUUCAUGUCGGUUAUUCCAAAGGGCAAUUCUGGCACCAAACAUGGAUUGCCUGCACCUCCCAAGGAGGUAUCUGUCAAGAACAAGACUGAAGCUUUAAGAGGGCCUGCACUGAAACGAGCCAGACGGGAUAUUAUUGCAACCACCACAAAAGCUCCCACCACUACCACAACAGCACCCACAACAGCUACAGAAGCUACCACAACAGCUGCUGCAACCACAACAACAGAGCCAGCAACCACAACAACAGUGGCUGAAAAUACCACAACAGCUACAAAUACCAGCUCCCAGCAACAAAUACCAGCUCCCACCACUAACACAACAGCACACAUAACAGCUCCAGAAACUACCAAAACAGCUGCUACAACCACCACAGCAGCUCCAGCAACUACCACAACAGCUGCUGCAACCACCACAACAGCACCCACAACAGCUCCAGAAACUACCACAACAGCUGCUACAACAACCACAGCAGCUCCAGCAACUACCACAACAGCUGCUGCAACCACCACAACAGCACCCAUAACAGCUGCAGCAAUUAUCACAACAGCUCCCACCACUACCACAUUAGCGCCAACAACAGCUCCAGAAACUACCACAACAGCUGCUGCAACCACCACAAAAGCUCCAGCAACUACCACAACAGCUAAUGCAACCACCACAACAACUGCUGGAACCACAAUAACAGCUCCAGCAACCCCCAAAGCAGGUGCCACCACUACCACAACAGCACCCACAACAGCUCCAGAAACAACAGAUGCUGAAACCAUCAAAACAGCUCCAGCAACAACAACAACAGCUCCAGCAACCACCACAACAGCGGCUUCAACUACCACAAUAGCUAUUGCAAGUACCACAACAGCUGCAGCAACUACCACAACAACUCCCACCAAUACCACAACAGCACCCACAACAUCUCCAGAAACUACCAAAACAGCUGCUGCAACCACCACUACAGCUGCUGCAACUACAACAACGGAACCCACAACAGAACGCACAACAUCUGCCACCACUACCACAAAGGCCCCCACAAGAGCUGCUGCAACUUCCACAACAGGUUCCCAAACCACCACAACAGAUGCUGCUGCAACCACCACAACAGCACCCAUAACAGCUGCAGCAAUUACCUCAACAGCUACCACCACUACCACAACAGCACCCACAACAGCUCCAGAAACUACCACAACAGCUGCUGCAACCACCACAACAGCUCCAGCAACUACCAAAACAGUUGCUUUCCACAUCAGCACCCACAACAGGUUCCCAAACCACCACAACAGAUGCUGCUGCAACCACCACAACAGUUCCUGCAACUACAACAAUGGAAACCACAACAUCUGCCGCCACUACCACAAAGGCCCCAACAACAGCUGCUGCAACUUCCACAACAGCACCCACAACAGAACUACCACAACAGCUGCUGCAACUACCACAAUAGCUAUUGCAAGUACCACAACAGCUCCUGCAACUAAAACAGAAGCCACAACAUCUGCCACCACUACCACAAAGGCCCCCACUACAGCUGCUGAAACUUCCACAACAGCACCCACAACAGGUUCCCAAACCACCACAACAUAUGCUACUGCAACCACCAUAACAGCACCCACAGCAGCUCCAGAAACUACCACAACAGCUGCUGCAACUACCACAACAGCUGCUCCAACCACCACAACAGCUGCCGAAACCACAACAACAGCUCCAGCAACCACCACAACAACGGCUGCAACUACCACAACAGCUGCUGCAACCACCACAAUAGCUAUUGCAAGUACCACAACAGCUGCAACAACUACCACAACAGCUGCCGAAACCAGAACAACAGCUCCAUCAACCACCACAACAACGGCUGCAACUACCACAAUAGCUAUUGCAAGUACCACAACAGCUCCUGCAACUACAACAACAGAAGCCACAACCACCACAACAGCACCCACAGCAGCUCCAGAAACUACCACAACAGCUGCUGCAACUACCACAACAGCUGCUCCAACUACCACAACAGCUGUUGAAACCACAACAACAGCUCCAGCAACCACCACAACAACGGCUGCAACUACCACAAUAGCUAUUGCAAGUACCACAACAGCUCCCACAACAGCUCCCACCACUACCAAAACAGCACCCACAACAGCUCCCACCACUACCACAACAGCACCAACAACAGCUCCAGAAACUACCACAACCGCUGCUGCAACCACCACAACACCUGCUGCAGCAACCACAAUAGCUAUUGCAACUGCCCCAACAGCUGCAGCAACUACCACAACACCUGCCCUCACUACCACAUCAGCUCCUACAAUUACAACAACGGAAGCCACAACACAACCCACAACAUCUGCCACCAUUACCACAAAGGCCCCCACAAUAGAUGCUGCAACUUCAACAACAGCUCCCACAAAAGGUUCUCAAACCACCAAAACAGAUGCUACUGCAACCACCACAACAGCACCCACAACAGCUGCAAAAACUACCAGAACAGUUACAGCAACAACCACCACAGCUCCUGCAACCACCACAUCAGCGGUUUCAACUACCACAACAGCUGCUGCAACCAAUACAAUAGCUAUUGCAACUACCAAAACAGCUGCAGCAAUUACCACAACAGCUCCCACCACUACCACAACAGCUCCUGCAACUACAACAACGGAAGCCACAACAGAACCCACAACAUCUGCAACCACUACCACAACAGCACCAACAACAGCUCCCACCACUACCACAACAGCACCCACAACAGCUGCUACAACCUCCACAACAGCUGCUGCAACCACCACAACAGAGGCUGCAACUACGACAACAGCUGCUGCAACUACCACAAUAGCUAUUUCAACUGCGGCAACUACCACAACAGCCCCCACAACCACCACGACCAACACAACAGCCCCCACAACAGCACCCACCACGACCACCACAACAGCCCCCACAACAACCACCACGACCACCACAACAGCCCCCACAACAACAACGAAUGGCACAGCCAUCAGCGGCAGCAACUCUGGUGACGUCAGCAGCAGGAUCAGCCUCUUCACCACCUUCAGCCUCACCCUCCUCUCCGUGCUCGUCACACGGCCGUGGUAG